AUGGAUGUGAAGGGGCUUCAAUUAUUUGCCAUCAAUGGCAUUUUUUACAAAUAACUUUCUGACAAAUAAAAAGUUACCAUUACUCUUACUUAUUAAGAAGGGGAAUUUCCAAUUCUACUAAUUUGUGACGAUAAGCCCCAGGAUGAUAAGAUUAACGAUUACAAUUCAAUAUAGAAAGAAAACUGUAAAAUUGACAUAAAUGCUUAUGAUUAGAAAGUCGAAAUGCAAACACUCUCUUUAACAAAGAAGGAAAAAUCAUAGACUUUUUAAGCAAAUUUCAAUGUUUAUUAUAUGGAUAAUUCAAAUAUAUUUAUUGGUGCUUACUCAGAACAUUAAUCCACCUUUAAUAUCUCUUCAAAAAUUUCAUCAUUAUAUAAUUGCGCAAAAGAAUGCAAAAAUAGAGGUAGGUGUGCUAAUGGGGUAUGUGAAUGUUAAGAAGGAACUUUUGGGGAUGAUUGUAGUGUGGUUGGAGUCAAUAUUAAAGAUCAAAUAAAACUAUCCCCAAAUACGUUAUAUUAUUAAGACUUGUACUCAACUGGAACAUCAUUUUAGAGAACCAUAUCAAAUUCCAUACCAAUUAGACAAUAAUGUUAUGUAGAAAUGCCUUUUUUUGAUGAGGGUUCUCUCAUUAUUACAAACACACUAGAGAUAUCCAAUGAGAAGAUUGAAGAAUGCAAAAAUCUCACAUAGGCUUUAGAAAAUGAAAGUUAGAUCAAAUUAAAUAGUUACAUUAUUUUCAAGAUCUAUAGCGAAUUUGAUGUCAGCAUUAUUUCAAACGAUGGUAAAGGCGAUGGUUUAUCAAAAAUUAUGAUGAUGAUCUUUAUUCCAGUCUUUGUGUUAAUCUUUUUCUUGCUUGUUUGUUGUGGUGUGAAGUUUUACAAAAGGAAAUUAGAUGAAACUUAGGUUCCAAUCAAAGUAGAAUAAUAGAAUGAAGAGAAAAACUUUAUAAACUUAUAUAUUCCUACGCAUAAAUUUGAAUAAGUCACAGAAUUAAUUUAAGAGGAGGUCAAUAUAAAAGAUUUGUAUUGUUCAAUAUGUUUAGAUGCAUUCUCUUCAGAACAUGAUGUGAAAAUAACUUAUUGCAAACACAUUUACCAUUCCGAAUGCUUGACUUUGUGGAUACAGAAGACCAAAGUAAUUUUGAUUAACAUUUAGAUAUGUCCUCUAUGUAGAGCACCUUUAGAUGAAAAAACUCUGGCUUAAUUGAUUAAUUAAAGAUCAGAGACUAUGAUAGAUUAAAUUUUGACUAAAAUUUAGCCUGACUCCAAAUAAAUUAAGAUCUUCACUUUGAAUUCAUUAUCUAGUUUAAAUGGUCCCAAUACUUAAUAGGCAUUUUAGAAUUUAAAUUACCAAAGAAGUUUGGUUUUUGUGGAAUAAUGA